CUUUUAUUUUGAAGGCGAAAGUUAGGUUACCCGCUGUGAAUGUGAAGCGGCUUGGAAAACAUUUGUCUCACCUCAGACUGAAGGUAUUGGGCCAUGUCAGCGUGCUCAGCCCUCCUGAGCCGACGUGUAGCCGGAGGCUCCUGCAGGUUGUGGUGCAUCACCCCUCCUCCUCUUCGAUCACUGAUCCACAUCAGGUCAGCCAGUGUAGCUGAGCCAGGCAGAAGAAGAUCAGAUGAAGAACAACUGUGGGAGGCAGCAGGCUACCUGCCAUUCACCCGGGCCAGGAUAGGAUCGUUCUUUCAGGAAAACCCAGUGCUGAAGAACCCGUUUCUAGAGGAUGCCUUACUCAGAGGAUACCUGAAGAGACACCUGCCUCAGGAGGGGAUUUUCUCAGACUUGUCUGCAUUUGGAGAACACCUGGCAAAAGAGGUGGAUGGUUGGGGUAGGGAGUGUGAGGUCAACCCUCCACGGUUGGUGCAUUUUGAUCCCUGGGGUCGCAGAGUGGACCACAUUGUGACCUCCCCGGCAUGGAAACGCAUGAAAGACCUAUCAGCGCAAGAAGGAUUGGUGGCCAUUGGCUAUGAGAGGUCCUUUGGGGAGUGGAGUCGUGUGUACCAGAUGAGCAAGUUGUACCUCUUCUCUCCCUCCUCUGGUCUCUACACUUGUCCUCUGGCUAUGACUGAUGGAGCUGCAAAAGUCAUCCAGUCCAUAGGUGUUUCGCAACCAGUAGAAGAAGCUUACAGUCGUUUGACCACUCGCCAGCCUGAGCGCUUCUGGACAUCUGGACAGUGGAUGACAGAGAGACAGGGAGGAUCUGAUGUGGCCAGCGGCACUGAGACGGUGGCUGUUCCACAAACAGAUGGUUCCUACAAGCUUCAUGGCUUCAAGUGGUUCACCUCUGCUACAGACGCAGACAUGACCCUCACACUGGCCAGAGUGCAGGACCAGACAGGAGCAACCAUACCAGGUAGCAAAGGAUUGUCUCUUUUCUAUGCGGAAGUGAGUCGAGAUGAAGAUGGCCGACUGAGGGGAAUUGAGGUUCAGAGACUGAAGGACAAGCUGGGAACACGACAAAUGCCGACUGCUGAGUUGCUGCUGGAUGGCCUGCCAGCGCACAGGCUGUCAGUGGAGGGGAGAGGUGUGGCAUCUAUAGCUAACAUGCUGACUAUAACCAGGAUCCACAACAGCAUCUCUGCAGCAGCCGCGAUGAGAAGGGUGCUCCAGUUAGCUCGUGACUAUGCCAGUCGGCGCACUGCCUUUGGAAAGCUUCUUAAAGACCACCCGCUGCACAUGCAGACUCUUGCGAGAAUGGAGGUGGAGUCUCGUGGAGCCUUUCUCCUGGUGAUGGAUGUGUGUCGUCUGUUGGGCCGAGAAGAAAGUGGCGUGGCGACUGAGCAUGAUGCACACCUUCUUCGGCUCCUCACUCCCGUGGUCAAACUGUACACCGGGAAGCAGGCAGUUGCUGUGGUGUCAGAGGGUUUGGAAAGCUUUGGUGGACAGGGCUACAUCGAGGAUACCGGCUUGCCUGGAAUACUCCGUGACGCACAGGUGUUGAGCAUAUGGGAAGGUACAACAAAUGUUCUUUCUCUGGAUGUGCUGCGCUGUGUGGCUCGUAGCUCAGGGAUGGUUCUUCAUGCCUACUUCGACCAGGCCAAGUCUCUGCUGGCAGGUGCCUCCAGUGUUUCUGCACUGGCACCAGCUGUGAAAACAGUGGUUGAUGCCCUUUCUGAGCUGGAAGAGUUUGUUCAGAUAGCAGCAACCAGAGCACCCAGCUACCUGGAGCUAGCAGCCAGAGACCUGGCAUACAGCCUGGCUCGCAUCUACACAGGAGCCCUUCUUAUUGAUCAUGCAUGUUGGAAAGGAGCUUCUCCAUCUGACACCUAUGCAGCUCUCAGGUGGUGUGAACAAGACUUGUGUCCUGUGGCACAAAACCAGAGAAAAGGUCACUAUGAUUCAAACACUUCACUUGAUGCUGCUUUGAUCUUUGACCAGUCAGUACAAGGCUGAAGGAUCACUGAGUGCCGAUGAAUAAUUGUGGCUCAGUCAGCUGCUGCUGCUGACCCCUGUGCCGUUUUAUUUUGUGGAUGAAAUUCAGUUUUGAAUAAGCACAUCAAUGAAAUGGAGAGUGUUUAAUACAGUGUCGUUCUGAUUGUACUAAGAAUUCAACUGGUUGGUAUUUUUGAUGAUGUACUUUCAAUAUCAGUAUAAAUAUGGAGCUGUAAAUUCCUACAGUUAAAUUAAAAUCUUAAGUAAAGGCAAAAGAUCAACAGCCCAGAGAUUAACUACACACAGGUAGAAGAGAGGAAGAAGAGCCCUGCCUGACCAAGUGCGUUACACGCUGCCUUGUUGUACUGCUGGAAAACCUGCAAGUACAUGUUAAUAUGCAAACUCUAAAACAAUGAAAAAAUUUGCAGUUUAUCACCAUUUUAUAAUCAUUAAACUGUAGUGAGUUGUAUGUUUAUUGAGUUGCUGUUUAAGAAAUUAAUGAUACUGCCAAGUAAUGCACAUCAGAAACAUAAACACCUGAUUAUUAUCCACACCUUACAUCCUACCUCUAUACAUAUUUUUAUAUAUAGAUGUGUAUUACUAUAUUAUCAAUAGGGAUAGAUAUAUACAUAUCAAUAUAUCAUUUUGAUAUGUUCUUAUAAUGGCAAUAAGUAUGUUAGACUGAGCUACAGUUAAGUACCAUUGAUCUUUUUCUGCACUUUCUUUGCAAAUUUAGUCACAAAUGAUGAUUUUUUUUUGUGAGCAAAACAGGAUUGUAGGUCACACAUUCAGUAGGAGAGCUGAAACCAUGAGGCAGGGAGAAAACUGACUGCUUUGAUCUCUUUUUUCUUUUCUUUUUUUUUUUUUUUUUUUUUGCUCAUUUAUCAAAUUAAUGGUUUGCACAUUCCCAAUUUUAGAUUGUCAGCAUUUGUUGCUUUUCCUUUUGACAAUUUUUAGCAAUUUAAUCAUUUUGUAGUCAUGUCUCUUGGUCCAAAACAAGACCUGUGUGCACUUUGGACAAUUUCAUAUUAAAAAGCUUCAGUUCUAAAAAAAAAAAAAAAAAAAGUAAAAAAUAGACAGAAAA